AUGAUCCUAGAACACUCUUGCGAUACGGGGCCGACAGAUGGACCCGCAGCUGGCAACUGUGACUUCGAAGAGAGCUCCCUCUGCGGGUACACUUCGGAUGCGGGUCUCGGAGACUGGAAGUGGAUCUCUCCCAACACGGACUCGAGUGACGGGGUUCCUCAUCCGCCUGUGGAUCAUACUUACAACACAGGCUAUGGUCACUACAUGGAAGCGUCUCUGGUGCCAUCGACAACAGAAGGACUCGUAGGACGCUUGAAAGCCCCGCAGUUCACACAGCCUGAGGACCUCCAACAAUGCGCUACUUUCUGGUACAUCCACAACGGCGGCUCCAACCUCGACAAACUCUUGGUCUACGCCAACCGAUCCGGAGACGUUGACAUGCCCUUAGGCGUUAUAAGUGUAUUACAUGCCUAUACACAUUCACAAAAUAACACGGGGUACAUCAACACGUGGCUCUCAGCGUCAGUGCCAGUGCCAGCGGGAGCCUUGCCGGUGCAGCUGAUAUGGGAAGCUUGGCAGGACAAACGCGAAGAUCAUUCCUCCAUGCUGUGCGACGUUACCAUAAAUGAAGCGGGAGCCUUGGGCUCGUGCGACUUCGAGAAGAGCACGUGCGGCUGGCAGAACGUCGUGGAUAAUGCCGUGGGUUCAGGCAAGCCGGAGUGGGUUCGGGGCGCGGGCGAAGGAGGGAACAGCGAUGCCCCGUCGGUGGACCACGAUGGCAGUUCGCUCGGAAUGUUUCUCUACGUCGGGUCUACCAUGUUUGGCACUGGCCUGGCACUGCUGGAGAGUCAGAUGCUGAUUCCUGAACAGCACAACAAUCUCUGCUUCCAUUUCUGGUGGUUCCUUGAGGGCUCUGACGCCGAAGACGCGAUCUGGAUCCGCCUGUGGAAGGACGACGGCCACAACUCCGAGAUCUGGAGGCAGACGGCCGACACCUCCAGCGGGGCGUGGCAAGAGGGUCAGGUCCACAUCAAGGCGGACGGCGUAUUCGAGCCAGGGGCAUACCAGAUACGCAUCGGCGGCAUGCGAGCCACCGAGCUGUCGACUAUCGCCAUCGACGACUUCGACAUGACUCAAUUCUCGGGCUCUUGCGACGCCCUACCCCCUGAUCACGUGACUCCGGCUCCUACCGACACCCCGAGCUUGUGGGAGUGCGACUUCGAAGACGGCCACCUCUGCAACAUGUUUGGGACGGGCGAGGCGACUUGGGUAGUGCUGGUGUCAGAGAAUAUAGACCACGUUAACGGAGAGCGUUGCAUCUCGCUGCUGGGGUCCAAAGGGGAGGAGGGCCGAAGGAGGCUCCCCAAGCUGCCUCCCCAGGACGGCCCCCGGUGCCUCAACUUCUGGCACUUCCUCAACGGGGCCGAUGAGGGCGAGCUCUCCAUUAUCGUCACCACCAACGACAUCGAGAGGAAGAUAUGGGCGAGGUCCCUGCCUGAUCCCGGAUGGAUUUUCGCCUCAGUCAACGUACCCAUUGAUGACUCCUCCCAGAUUGAUUUAUCAGGUAUCAAAGGCGAUAAUUCGAUGGCGUCUAUGCUAGUGGACGAUAUGUAUAUUGUUCAGAAAUCGUGUGAGGCAGAUGCUGUCAAAGACUGCGGCUUCGAAGAGAGCGAGAUCUGUGGCUACACCAGUGAACCAGGACUCGGGAAUUGGACGUGGGUGUCGCCGCACGACGGUCACGACAGCCUUGCUCCUCACACGCCCGUCGACCAUACCUACAACACCGAAUAUGGCCACUACAUGGAGGCGGCGCUGGUCCCCUCCCAGAAGGACGAUCUGGUCGGGCGUCUGAAGUCCCCCGAGAUCUCGCAGCCGGUGGACGUCCAGCAGUGCGCCACCUUCUGGUACGUUCACAACGGCGCGACGUUCCUGGACAAGCUCCUCGUCUACGGCGUUCUCAACGGGGACUACGGCAGGCCGCUGUGGAAGGAAAAGGCAAGCUACAUCGACACGUGGCUGUCAGCGUCGGUGCCAGUGCCAACAGGGCCGCCGACCGUGCAGCUGGUGUGGGAGGCUUGGCAGGGCAAGAGGAACGACCACUCCACCAUGGCAAUUGAUGACGUCGCGAUCACCAUGCAGCCCUGCGACGCCAUCGGAACGUGCGACUUCGAGGCGGGCACGUGCGGCUGGCAGAACGUGGUGACGGGAGACAACCGCACAGACGAGUCGGACUGGGUGCGCGGGUCGGGUCUGACGGGCAUCGAUCUCGACAACCCCGACGCGGAUCAUAAUGGAGAUGUCAAUGCCACGUACCUUUACGUCGACACAGUCUUCGAGGGCACCGGAAUGGCACUGCUGGAGAGCCAGAUGUUCCAGCCUGAACAACACAACAACCUUUGCUUCCACUUCUGGUUCUUCAUCCAGGGCGAGGAAGAGGACAACAUAUGGAUUGAGCUGCAGAAGGAGGACGAUAAGAAACACGAGGUCUGGAAUGCAAACGGCCAGAGCGACAAGGUCGGGAAAUGGAAGGAGGGACAAAUACACAUCAAGGCGGAUAACUUCUUCACCCCUGCCCCAUAUCAGCAAAACACUACAGUUCAACGAAAUUAA